UUCUCUCGGCUCUAGCCGGCGCAGGCAGCCGCCGCGGCAGCAGGCAAGCGGCGGCCCUGCGAGGCCAUGAAGGUGAAGAAGGGCGGCGGCGGGGCUGGGACGGGGGCGGAGUCCGCUCCAGGGGCCUCGGGCCAGAGCGUGGAGCCCAAGCCCGAGCCGCAGCUGCAGGCGGAAUCUGAGUCCGGGUCCGAGUCGGAGCCGGAGGCUGGCCCGGGGCCCAGGCCGGGGCCGCUGCAGAGGAAGCAGCCGAUCGGGCCGGAGGACGUGCUGGGGCUGCAGCGGAUCACGGGCGACUACCUAUGCUCCCCCGAGGAGAAUAUCUACAAGAUCGACUUCAUCAGGUUCAAGAUUCGAGACAUGGACUCAGGCACUGUCCUCUUUGAAAUCAAGAAGCCCCCAGCUUCAGAGCGGUUGCCCAUCAACCGGCGAGAUCUGGACCCCAAUGCUGGACGCUUUGUCCGCUACCAGUUCACACCUGCCUUCCUCCGCCUGAGGCAGGUGGGAGCCACGGUGGAGUUCACAGUGGGAGAUAAGCCUGUCAACAACUUCCGCAUGAUUGAGAGGCACUACUUUCGCAACCAGCUCCUCAAAAGUUUUGACUUCCACUUUGGCUUCUGCAUCCCCAGCAGCAAGAACACCUGCGAACACAUCUACGACUUCCCCCCUCUCUCUGAGGAGCUGAUCAACGAGAUGAUCCGUCACCCAUACGAAACACAGUCUGACAGCUUCUACUUCGUGGAUGAUCGGCUGGUGAUGCACAACAAAGCAGACUAUUCCUACAGUGGAACGCCCUGACCCCCAAAACAGCCCCAUACCCCGGGAGGGUCCUGGACCCUCAACUGUGACCUCCCCAACACUCACCUCUCGACCCGAGGCUUCUGCCUGAGGAGUAUUUCAAGAGCCCUGGACCCUGAGUCAGCAAUGGGAGGGAGGGUACUUGAUGGCCCCAGUCCAAAUCUCUGAAGCCCAUGAGGCCUGGCGCAUGGGGUGGGGUGGUAGGAGGGCUGUCCGCCUCCAGUCCAGGAAGGCCUCCUGUGAGAAGAGUAGCCAGGACUUCUGGACAACCUCGCUGGGCUUCUUGGGCCCAAGUUUAAGAAUAGUGUUCCCCUAUCCAGGCUUUGACCAGGUCAGGGCAGAGACCUAUUCCCUGUCCCCUGCCCACCUACAGGCCAUUUAGAAUUGUAAAUUCACAGAUGAACAUCUGUGGUGGGUGGGGGAGGGUGUCUGGCUGCCAAGCUUCCCGAGGGAGUCCAGGCCCUGGCCCUAGCCCCAACCUUUACCAUCAGGGGCUGAGCCACCGCCUGAGGGGUGGGAGGGACGGCCCCCCGGAUUGCAGCCUGUGGUAGGGACUGGACCAACUGUAUAUAGUUUUCAAUAAACUCUCUCCUUUUCUGUU